AUGACGCCGCGCUACCUACCGGGCCGCAGUACGAUUGGGGAGGCACAUCGGGGUGCCCGUCAACAUGUCCCAUUGGAGGAGUACAAAAAGAACCUUGAGAGGAUGGUUAAUCGCGUCAAAGCAGCUGGCUGUGGUAACACGCUGCUCAUCACUCCACCACCAGUGUGCAAUGAAUCCAGAAUGAAGUUCCUGCACAAGAACUGUCCAUCAUCAGCCAACAACUCCGCUGCCGAUCGUUCGCUUGAAGUGUCUGGACAAUAUGCAGACGCAUGUGUCACUGUGUCAAAGGAAUUGGGUGUCCCCUCUUUGAACCUGUGGUCAAGCUUCCAGACGCAGCCGGCGUGGAAUGCAGAACUCCUGCAAGAUGGGCUUCAUUUCUCGCCAUCGGGCAGCGGGUUCCUGUUCAGCAGGCUGAUUGCAGCGAUUGACCAGGAAUUCCCCUGCAUGAGGGUGGGGGCACUGCAGUUGGACUUCCCUCUGCAUGGUGACAUCAAUCCAAACAGUCCUCAGGAAUCCAUAGAUGAUCACCUGGGGCGCUACUACACGGGCAGGAGGGAAGCACCUGAAUGA